UAUUGAUUGCCGUCAGUCUAAUAGUCAGUGCGUACAUGUUGUCUUGGUCCGGAUACAUUAAGGCUCGUUGGUUUACUCCCUCCAACCAAUUUGAUGGAAGGCGUGAAAUGGCUCGAAGAAGGGGAAGAAUUUCCGACAAUUUGAUGUUUCUAUUGAGCGUCUUGGUUAACCCUGGAUAUCAAGUGCCCCCUGGAUUUGGUGUAGCUUUUCGUAUUUUAGUUGCUGGUUGGUGCCUCAGUGCCAUCGUCCUUUCCAACUCAUAUAACCAAAGCAUUAAAUCGUUCUUAAUGACUCCAAAAUAUAAAUCUGUAGUAAGGUCUCUGGAUGAUCUUACGGCAAGUUCGGAAUAUUCUUUCGUGGUUAAAAAGUACAGCAGCAUCUGGGCUAACAUGAUCGAAGCAAAUAAAGGUCCCUUUGCUAAGAUUGGCAACAUUUUACGAAAGAAUCCGGAAAAUUCGUUAGAGACGCUAGACGACAUAACAGAUUUGGUGAUGAAUCAAAAAAAGGUUUUAGGCCAGUUCAAAUCAUCUAAUCUGGUACUGAUCCGAGAAGAUAUGAAAACAAAUGGAAAGUGUCGGUUGUAUAUGGCAGAAAAAUCAUUCGACGAGCUUACCAUCAGUUUCGGAAUUCCAAAAAAUAGUCAUGUCUUGAAUCAUUUCUUAAGUCACGAAAUCGUGUGGCUAAAGCAAUCGGGAAUGUUAGAUUAUUUGGAACAUUUCUACUGGCCACAGAAAAACCGCUGCUCAGCUCCGAUUUCGACGAAACCAUCAUCGAAAAACGAGAAGUUGACAUUCGAUUACCUUUCUGGCGCCUUUCUGUUGCUUGGCGUCGGACUGAUAAUGUCCAUUGUCGCUUUUCUUAUCGAAUUAUUUACUCAUCAUUGCUGCUGUCGUCAGAGGAAUAAUAAGCGCCCUUUUUCUGGCAUAGAGGCUUUAACUGAUGAAUAGUUAAGUUAUGCUGACCAUCAGCACACGAACUUAAAUUCUAAAGUUUAUUUCACAGUGAAUAUUGAUGAGAAG